AUGAAGCUGACCAUUGCCACCACCCUAGCGAGCAUCCUGCUCCUUAGCUUCGCCAAUGUCGCCAUUGGUUGUGAUUGUGGUUGCACCACGACCACUCCCAGGCCCUGCGAAACAACGGUACCGACUUGUGCGCCAACAACAACCACAACGACAACAACCACUUGUGCGCCAACCACAACUAGACGUCCACCUCCAUGCACAGAAGCCACCACAACAACUAGACGUCCACCUCCAUGCACCACAACUAGACGUCCAACACCAAAAUCCACAACUAGGCGUACAACACCGACCACCACAACUAGACGUACAACACCAAAAACCACAACUAGACGUCCACCUCCAUGCAGCACAACUAGACGUACAACACCAAAAACCACAACUAGGCGUCCAACACCAAAAUCCACAACUAGGUGUACACCACCGACCACCACAACCAGACGUACAACACCAAAAACCACAACUAGGCAUCCAACACCAAAAACCACAACUAGGCAUCCACAACAACCAAGCACCACAACUAGGCAUCCACAACAACCAAGCACCACAACUAGGCGUCCACCACCAGCGUCCACCACAUCUAAACCCACCAACAAGCCAUGUGGCUGCAAGCCCUGCGGUCCUGGAGGCGAACCCUGCAAGGAUUGUCCCAAGAGGGAGGCACUGUGCCAGGACCUUAUCUACCAACUCAGCUGUCUGGAGCGCAAGGUGCGCCAGUGCGUCUGCGGCCAAGCGCAGUGGUUGUUGUAA